AUGGAUCUAGAGCCUGUUGCUCGUGAUCUUACGAAGCAGUUCCAGGCAGUGGCUGCAGAUGAGAGCCCGGAUGCAAAGGUCGUUGGUGAGCCAGACUCACAAUCGCGACCUGAGCCCGAGUUUGUGUGCGAUGCUAAGACGGUUGUAUCCAGCGAUGCUGCUCAGGGCGACUUAUUCCACUUGUCGGAUUCCGGGUUGAGCCGCAAGGACCAGUUCGAAGCCAAGGUGGCUUUGCAAAAAGACGUCGAGAAGGAGGAGGAUGAAGAGGCGGAACCUCCGACAGGCAAGAAUGGGAAAAAGGGCCCAGGCAGGCCCAAGGGGAAGGCCAAGCCUAAGGGCAAGGCCAAAGCGAAAGGAAAAGCGAAAGCGAAGGCGAAAUCAGCGAGCAAAGGCGGUGUGUCCGGCCCCGAGAAGAAGCCGAAUCCUGAAGAUGCCCCAGCAGAGACCGGCGAGGUUCCGAGCUUGGGUGCGGAGCAAUCUGCUCCGAAGCGGAAGCGGGCGGCUGAGGAAGGAGAGUCUUCUACUGGCGACGACCAGCAGGAGGCCAAGCAGGAGGCUGUCACCAAGCCGAAAGCUUCUGCCAAGACCAAGGCGAAAGCUUCUGCCAAGACCAAGGCGAAAGCUUCUGCCAAGAGCAAGGUGAAAGCCCCUGCCGAGGACGAAGGGGCAGCUCCCUCUGAGCCGGCUGCCGAGGCAUCGGGCAAAAAGACGUUUGCCAGCAGGCCGUGUCCUACGCGCGAGGCGCUUGCGAAGCAGAGGUGGACCUGCAUCCGGGACUCCUUCGAGCUUUACGUGGCCAAUCAUCUGAGAUUCCGUUCCAAAGCCGAGGAUGCCUACUGGAAGCAUUGCCUUGAGGCCUUGUCUGAAGAGAUCAAGGUACUGCUGGGAAUGAGCCGCCUUCCAGCUGGCCUCCGAGUGUACGCGAAGUACGGCUUUUACAGUUCGGUAGUGAACCUACCAUUGCCCGAGCCGGGGGAACCGGCGGAAGCUAGCAUGCGCCAUGGAUGGUAUGACCUUUCCGAGAAGUAUAUCCGGGUACUGACGAACCUGGAUUUCAUUUGUCUGGUCAUGUGCCUCAUGAAGCUGGCAAUUCUCGAGGAGCUUGAUUUCUAUGAUGUUUUGGAUUUCUUCGCAGGCAAAGCCAGGAUAGCCCGAAUCGCGAAGUCAUGUGGCCUAAAAGCUGCUGCUCUCGAUAAAGAUUACUGCGACGGAGACAACCGCAAGAAAAGCAACAGCAUGGAUGUGAACACGAAUGCAGGUUUCCUGCUGGUGAUGCUGCUGGUGGUGGUGGUGCUGGUGGUGGUGGUGGUGCUGGUGCUGGUGAAGCUGGUGCUGGCAUGUGGUUUAAUCCUUCAGAGCAAGUCGGGAGCUCUCCUGGCGAUUUUUGGCAUUCCCUGCUCCACCUGGGUUGACAUGAGCCGGGGAAGUACGCAGCGGUGUGUGCUACUCUUCCUGCUUGUGCUCGCCUGCGGCGGUGUGCCGUUGCUGGAGCAGCCACGGAGCAGUCUCCUGCAAUUCUUUCCAAAGUUCCAGUGGCUUCUGAAAGCUCUUGGGAUACGAGGGAUCAAAGUUUGGAGGCAACCCCUGUGGCUGAAGCUUUACGGCCAUGCGAGCUUGAAGCGUACCAUUCUUUGGUCAACGUCUUCAUGGAUCUCAAACUUCUGCUUGGGUCGGAUCCAGCAUGCUCUACACAAGACGACAAAGAAGACGGCUAAGUAUGCGGUCAACCAACAUGGCAAGAAGACGUACACUGCGACUCCGAACUUGAAGCAGAGCCAGACCUAUCCCGCGAAAUUUGCAGCACAAGUCGUUCGUGGUCGAAGGCACCUCUUGGCGGAAAAUCCAACCAUCCGGGCACCACUACAGUAUUCUGGCCUCCUAGAGUUCCUGAACAGUAUUGCGAUCGGUGACAAUUGGAACGAUGCUGAGCUUUGGUGCCCUCUCACAUACGUGUAUGGAAGCAAACACUUGCACUUGCCUCCAGAGUUGAAGCAGGAGCUCAAGCAGGAGAUUGCAGAUCAGGCCGAGCCGCUUUCCGAAGCAACUCUGGACGAGCUGAAUGACGACGAGCUCCAAAUCCUCUUCUGGGCCCAGGCAACUGCGGGAGAUGCUAGUGGUCUGAAGGCUGUGAAGCCAGAGGUUUGUCACGAAGAGCCUACCACCGAAACGGCUGGAGUCCCAAGAUGCACAUCGUACUCCAGCACCUACACCCCAAGCUUCCUUACCAAGCACUCCGGCACCUACACCCCAAGCUUCCUUACCAAGCACUCCGGCACCUACGCCCGAAGCUUCCUUACCAAGCGCUCCGGCACCUACACCCCAAGCUUCUUUAGCAAGCCCUGCCAGCACAACUGCGGAAGCUGCUUCUGGUGCAACCCAGAAGCCGAGGCGGCUUCGGACUGCUACACACACGCUAGUGCCAAAGCCAAACUUUCCGCAGAAGCCGUGAAGCAACGAAUGCGACGAAUCUUCACCCCGCGAGCUGACGGUUCCUACCUCGUGGCUGCUGACUUUGUGAAGCAGUGGGCUGACAAGAGUCCUGGAGGGGGCAGAGAUCGGCUUAUGGGAUUGUUCGAGAAAACAUCCUAUCACCGGGAGCAGUUUCUCAAGCGAUGCAAAGCUAUCGCCGAAGAAGUGGAGGAAGAAUCCUUCGAGAUAGAGGGUGAGUUUCUUACGCUCGAGGACAUGGACAACUUGAAUUUCAGUGAGAGCAAAAAAGCAGGAAUCGUCGCAUACUGCUCCUCCCGGCCUUCCUUGGUGAGGCAGAGCAAGUACGGAGAAGGAGAAAUGUAUUGGACUGAUGUCCGCAUCAAGGGGAAACUCUCGAUACUCAUCUACACAGUGGUGAAGACGAAGCGCAAGAUCUACCAGGAGAUGAUGGAUUGGGAGGAAGAUGCAUCCUCAAAGAAUGACGUGCUAGACAAGCACAAAUUCGACAAUUGGGGCCUCUCCAAUCCCGACAGCGGUGCUUUCAAGGAGCUCUUGGAUGUGGAACCCGAGGACGCGAAAGCCAGCGAUGGUCAGCUGGCUGUCGAUCAGGGAAGCGUGGCCAAAAAGGUCAGUUGGCCCGAGCUCGCGAAGGAUGCUAGCCCGAGCAGUCUUCUACACCCGUGCAUGAAGUGCAUACAGCGGCAUGAGAAGAAGAUCGACACCUUGUUGCAACGGUUUUCCAAUGUCGACCCCGCAACAUUGACACCUCUGCAACAGCAGCUGAAGGCAAAGCUGAACAAGGUUCAAGGAGACCUCACGGCAUCGGUGGAUAGCAUCGAGACGAAGAUCAAGGAGGGCACGCUGAAUGGCUUUACACGGGGGACUCCUUUCUCAAUGGUUUGUACACUUAGUAUUGUGAUGUUCGAGGGUUAUUUGUCAGGUUUGACUAGGUGCAGUCGGCAGCUAAGGAUGAACAAGGACAUCAAAGUGAUGCUUGACGAGAAUCGACAAAUGUCCUUCACUUGGAUUCUUUGUGUUUCUCCAAGGUGUGGGGUGAUGCUUAUGCUGAAACUUCUUGUGCUGAGGGUGGUUGAUGCUUUGCUUCUGCACGAUCGUGUGAAGCGAGAGCCCGAGACACUUCAUUCCAAAGCCCAGGCGGUGUCAGUGACGCGAACCCUUGAUGCUCGUCGUGGAAAGCGGCCACGAGACUCUGCCGACAAAAAUCCAGAACGCGAUGCCCAAAGAGUCUUUCAGAAAGCUAAGUUGUCAUUGCCAAUCAAGAUUGAAACUACAGCACAUGCAACUUUGGAUGCAUCGUCGGCAGAUGUCAAGACCUACCGUGUCCGUCCGCAGAGCUGGAUGCAAUUCCUUUUGAGUGAGUGUCCCGAGUUACUAGGUGGAAGUCCAGGUGAACCCUUUUCAAACUUCGAAUGCUUUUGGGAGCUGUACCGGAAGAUCCACCCCACCCAUCAGAUCUACCAGACCCAUGCUCAGCGGCUUUCUUCAGUCGUUCCCCUUUGUCUUCAUGGGGAUGAAGGGAGGGCUCUUAAACGAACAAAUUACUUAGUGAUGAGUAUGCAAUCUCCCCUAGGCUCUACCCCAAGGCCCUCCAAAGGUAAAUGCAAAUGCGAAAAGUGCCUUCGUGAUCGCAGCGAUCUCCCAUUCGCCGACGGCCCAUCUCCAGCCCUCAGCAGAAAGACUCAAGAGUUUGCUGACUCUGUAUGGUGCAACUUUAAGGGACACUCCUACUUGUCAAGGUUUUUGCUGUAUGGGCUAGCGGGAUGGCAGUCCAAGAGCCAUCCAGAAGUGGCGGAGGCUAUGUACAAACUUUUGGCUUCGGACCUGCAUGAGCUUUUCCAUACGGGAGUCGAGGUGCCAGGUCGAGGUCUGGUGUACGGGGCCGUGAUUGCUUGCAAGGGUGACAUGGAUUGGCACAAGAAGGUUAUGAAUUUGACACGUAGCUGGCUCCACGCAGGUGAGAGGUCUGCGGGUGAGAUUUGCCAUUAUUGUUUGGCUGGGAAUACACGUUGGCCGUUCGAAGAUUACAGCGAAAGCCCCCUAUGGUCUCAAACCAUGUUUUCUUCCCGGCCCUGGACAAACAGCAAUCCUCCUUUGUUGCAGUCAAUCCCCUUUGAUGCUGCUGAGCCUCCUAUGUUUGAGUAUAUCAUCAAAGGUGAUUUGUUUCACAUUAUGAAGUCUGGCUGCUGCCGGGAUGUCGUUGGAGGAGUGCUUGUGUUUCUUUGCCGCAAGACUUUCUUCGAUACAGAAGAAUCUUCGAAGAACCUGCCAGACCGGCUCGAAAGAGCCCAUGGCAAUUUUAAGCUUUGGUGUGCAGCCGAGCAUGUCAACCCAGGGUUGCGUUCCUUUACCAAGAAUUUCUUCAACAUAAAGACGAUGCUGUCCGCACCCUGGAGCAACAGCAAAGGCUCGGACACUGUACUGUUGCUGCGAUGGCUUUCGUGGUACUUGAAACUUCAGUUGCUGCACCCUACUGUUCCGAACCUCGGAGGCCAUGCCGAGUUGAUGAGUCUAAUGGUCCAAACCAUCGAAGCUGCUCGGACCAUCCUUUUCUUGAUUCGUGAACACAAGUUGGUGUUGCCUCGACCUUGCGGCCGCAGAUUGUACAUUACAAUUAUGCGCUUUUUGAGAGGUUAUCAACACCUUGGUAGACAUCUCCUGAACCUCAGCAUGAGACACUUUAUCCAAAAGCCGAAACUACAUGCGCUUCAUCACGUCGCUUGGACCCUGCGAUGCUCUCUACUCUCAGGGGCCCCCAUGCUGAAUCCUGAAAUCUAUGCCUGUGACAUGGAUGAGGACUUCAUUGGCAGAGUGUCGAGGGUCAGUCGCAAGCUAGAUGUUCGCCUAGUUGACCAGCGUGUCAUACAAAGGCAAUUUUUAAAAGUCCGAGCCCUUCUGAAUAGACGGAAGCGCCAAAAGCUUGCAUAG